AGUAGUUUUCACAAAACUAUAGUUUCCUUUACCUUGUACUUUAUUGUAACUGUUGAUCGCGUUUGAGUUUUUUGUUUAGUUUGGAAGUGAGACGUAACUGAUUGUUGUUAACGUCUUGAGUCUGAUAAGAGAUUUCUGAAUAUCGUAAUAGUUAUCAAGCUUGAAAUUAAACGUGUCGAAAGCCUAAGAAACUCUAAUUUGAUCCCAGAAAGUUAAGGAGGGAUCGAAAAAGGAAAAAAAUAUCAUUUUAUGUUAGUAGGUUAAAUGUAUGGAGCCUUUAUGUGAUGUCUGUGGGGUGGAGAGGGCAGUGGUGUAUUGUAAAUCAGAUGCAGCUAAGCUUUGCUUUCCUUGUGAUGGAAGUGUACAUUCAGCAAAUUGUUUAUCUCGAAAGCACGUUCGUUCUCUCAUUUGUGACAAUUGCAGUUCAGAGCCUGCAAUUGUACGUUGCAUGAUUAUCGUAAUGUGUUUAUGCGAAGGCUGUGAUUCGAAUACAAUUGGCUGCAAUAUGGUAUCAAGGCAUCAGCACCAGAAGUUGGAUUCUUAUACUGGAUGUCCAUCUCCAGCUGAGUUUAUGACAAAGAUUUUGUCAACAACUUUUGAUCAAAUGCCUAAUAAUAAUGUACAUAAUGUUAGCAGCUUUGAUACUACUAGCUCAUUGAGUGUCAAUGAGAAUAAUUGCUCAAUUGUUGCUAGCAAACUCAAUGAAUUAGCUUCUUCUAUGAAGUUUGAACCAUGGGCAAUUCCUUCAAAUUCCACAUACUUGACAACCUACAACAUAGAUCAAGCACCCUUCUUUUCAGAGGGAUCUAGCCUCCCUACGCAAAGUUGUACCACUAUUAAAGAUCAUGGAAUUUAUGGAGGUGAUGAUCUCGCGGAAGGUGUUGAUUUAGACGAAUUGAGUUCCGAUUGUAGUUACAAUAUUUUCAGCAGUUUACAACAAAGUCAUUCAAGAUAUUAUAGUGAAGACAGGGGAUUGGAUUGCCUAAUAAUGGAGAAAAAUUUAUCUGUCAUUGGGCCUAAUAGUCAUGUUGAAACUGCACUAGAGGCACCAUGUUCAGUGAGUGGAACUGCUAAUAGCAUGUUUAUGAAUCCAAGUUGUAAUGGAGACACUGUCUUAGCUUUUACACAAGGACCAGUUCAUUCAAGGUCAUUGUCAAUCUCUAACAUCACCACAGAAAGUAGUGAGGCAACUGACUAUCAAGAUUGUGGGUUUUCGCCACUCUUUCCGCCUUGUGAUUGGAAUUCAGAAACUAGUUGUGUACGGGCAAGGAACGAAGCCAAGAUGAGAUAUAAUGAGAAAAAGAAAACUAGAACGUUCAGAAAGCAAAUAAGAUAUGCUUCACGUAAGGUCAGGGCAGAUACGAGAAGGCGAGUUAAAGGCAGAUUUGUUAAGGCUGGGGAAGCUUAUGAUUUUGAUCCAUUAGUAACAAGGGAUAUGUGAGCUAAGAUAGCUAAUUUUGGGCCAUUCUACUUUGUCAAAUUACUUGCCCAAGUGUUAAAGUAUCUUAAUGUAAAGAUACUUAAACCAUCAAAUUCCUUUAUGACAAGUCGAAAGAAUUUAAGCUAGUACCAGAGCUAGAAAAUUUGUCAUGUUGGUUGUGUCA